AUGUCUGGAGCAAUUUUUGCACCCCUGGAGGGCCCAGGUGCCCUGGAUGCUGGGAGUGGCCAUCCACUCGUGUGUCUGCUGUGCCACGCAUAGUACAAGCAGCCAUGCCUGCUGGACUGUUUCCACGACUUCUGUGCUGGCUGCCUGCGUGGCCGGGCCACUGAUGGCCGCCUGUCCUGUCCACUGUGCCAGCACCAGACGCUGGUGAGGGGUCCCAGUGGCCUCCCACUAGUGGACCGCCUGCUGCAGUUCCUCGUGGAUAGCUCUGGGGAUGGCGUGGAAGCUGUGCGUUGUGCCAACUGCAACCUGCAAUGCAGCAAGCACGACACAGAGACCACGUACUUCUGCAACACCUGCGGGCAGCCCCUGUGUGGGCGCUGCCGUGAAGAGACCGCGCGCCAUGACAUUGUAUCCCUGGGCCAGCGCAGACGGGAUGUGAUCCAGAAGACAUGACUCCUGGCUCUCACCACUGCCCACCCCAACCCCCGCCUCACCCCCUACAUCAUGUUUUCCACCGACAAGAAGUCGCUGCUGUGCAUCCCCUGCUUUCGGGAUAAGCAGGGGGAGAGCUGAGCCCACUGUGUGGACCUAGAGUCAGCUUAUGUGCAAGGUUGCCAGCGGCUGGAGCAGGCGGUGCUGGCAGUGAAGGCCUUGCAGACAGCCACGAAAGAGGCCAUUGCAUUGCUACAGGCCAUGAUGGAGGAGGUGAGGCACAGUGCAGCUGAGGAGGCAGCAAUCCAUGCCCUCUUUGGGAGCAUUCAGCACACACACACACACACACACACACACACACACACGGGAAGAGACAAGGUUGCAGAUUGGCAGAUCCUCCAGGUGGGGCGGGCACCUGCUCCCUUGGAGCCCACCAGCCUAGCCUGCCCCUCCCGCAGCCAAUAUGAAGAGAAGAACAAAGCCUUCAAGGAGCAGCUUGCCCACCUGGCCUGCUUGCUGCCCACUCUACAGGUAAGGUUGAGGGUGUGUUCACUUGGUCAUCUGCUCUUCCUCAGCUUGGCCAGCAAAGCGGAGUUUCUGGAUCUGGGUUAUGAGCUAAUGGAGAGAUUGCAAGGCGUUGUCACGCGGCCGCAUCGCCUAAGACCUGCGCAGAGCAGCAAGAUCGCCAGCGACCACCGAACAGAAUUCGCGCGCUCCCUGGAGCCGAUGCUGUUGCUGGGGCCCCGUCGCGCUGUGUCCACCGUGGGCGGCGCCAACAAGUGAGCCCUAACCAGGGGCUCAAGCCCCAAGGUGCUGAAGACACUCGGCUGCCCCUCCCCAGUGGGAACGAUGUCGGGGUCACCCGGCCUGAAACCCUCGCCACAUCGUUCCAUUAGCACGAAGGUGCUCCUAGCGGAGGGCGAGGACACACCCUUCCCAGAGCACUGCCGCCGUUACGAGGAUUCUUCUCGGCGUCUGCAGGUGGAAGUGUAGCACCUGAAGGGCCAGGUGCAGGGGCUGCACCGGGACCUCACCAAGCACCACUCACUCAUCAAGGCCGAGAUCAUGGGGGAUAUCCUGCACAGGUCCCUGCUGUUGGACACGCAGAUCGCUUCUGAGUAUGCCUCCGUAGAAGGCAUGAGAGCAGUCUUCCAGGAGAUUUGGGAGGACUCCUACCAACGCGUAGCUACCCAGCAGGAGAUUUAUGAAGCCCAGCUCCACGACCUUCUUCAGCUGAAAAAGGGGAAUGCCUGCCUGAGCACCAUCACCAAGCAGAUCACGCCCUACAUUGCCACAGUGAAGGAGCGACUGGAGCCCAGGUUCCAGGCACCUGUGGAUGAGCACACAGAGCACCUGCAGAGCAUGUGUGAUGACGGCAGGAACAGGGAGACCCCAGCCAGGACCAAUCCAGGGAGCAUCACUGAGAACAGAGAGAAGAUGUCUGAGACCAGUGGAAGCAGCUGGGCCCUGAGCGGCCUCCCAGAGGGCCCUUCAUUAAAGAACCCAGAACACCUCAGACCCAAGUAGAAAGCGGGAGAUGGUGGCUCAGGGGCCACAGGGGCUUGCUACCAAGCCUAA